CAAUUAAUACUUUUUUGUGCGAAGAUAAUAGUGCCUCCAUCACCUACAGCUUUGCAGCUACCUCAGAACUGGAUGUUCCCACCACCACCAUCACCACUAGGUCCAUCACCACCAUCACCAUUGUCAUCUGGGUUUGACAUUUCCAGACACGGCUCUGCUGACACGACCAUGUAUGCUGAACACUCUGUGGCAGGCCCUGAGGGAGGUGUUCCCCAGUAGUAAGCUUAAGGGUUGUGCAUUCCACUGGUCACAGGCUGUACAGAAGCACGUCGGAGAGUUUGGUCUCGCCAGAACAUACAGAGAAUGCCAGUCAGUACACAGUCUGAUACGCAAGUUAUUGGCACUGCCGUUCCUCCCUGCAGCAGACAUUAAACGGGCCUUCAGGAAACUACAAGAGCAGGCGGAAGACAGUUCUGAACAAGUCCAGGACCUCUUCACUUAUGUAAGCGACGAGUGGCUUGAAAGCUCUAAGUGAUCUGAAGAUGAAUGGUCUGUGUACCGUCAGACCAUCCGUACCAACAAUGACACAGAGGGGUGGCACCGAAAACUGAACACAAAGGCCGGCAGAGGGAAGGUCAAGACCUACCGCCUUCUGGAGAUCCUCCUUGUAGAAUCUAAGUUGGUGAAUCUAGAAGUGACCAGACUUCUUGAAGGAAGUACAUCCCGUCGAUGUCGUCUCAGUGAUGAAUGGUUGUUUGAUUUAUGGGACCAGUAUGAUAACCAUGACAUUGUGUGUGAAGAAUUCCUUGGAAAUGUGGGAAAAUACUAUGGACAGUUUUAGGUGAUAAGGAGAUGUCUUGUGACCAACAUUAACUGUGCCACUGUGUCUGAUGAAGUUUGAAACUUGCCCAACUGAGUUGUGAUAGGUGUAUUAGCUUGCUAUGUGAAUAAGUCAUGUAAAUAAAUGUAUUGUUUUUUCAUGUGAUUUAUGAAUAUCUAAAUAAACUAGUUGAUGUCAGAGGUAAUACUUUACAAACACAGGCUCGCACACACACAUACAUGCAUGUACAACACAACACAAACACAACACAGUACAUACAUACAUACAACUUAAGUACACACACGCACACACACACCACUUGGAAUGAACAAAACACAAAAUACAACAGAAUACACUUGAAAUAGCUUUACUGUGAUUUUAAUAGUGUAAUGUACCCUUUAGCUCGACUUUUCGAAGAAUAAAGUAGAGCUAUUGCACUCGCCCCGGCGUCGGCGUCGCCGUUGGUUAAACUUUCAAACUUAAAGUUUUUUGAUAAAGUCAAAUAUCUUUCUUACUAUAAAUGCUAUUGACUUGAAACUAAAAAUAGUUAUUUACCGGUACUAUCAAAGUCUACACCAUGAGAAACAAUCCCCAUUACUCUGCUUUAAAUUUUGAUGGAAUUAUGCCUCUUUUUUAACUUAGAAAUUUUGGUUAAAGUUUUUGAUAAAGUCAAGUCAAAUAUCUGUUACUAUCAAGGCUAUUGACUUGAAACUUAAAAUACUUAUUUACCAUCCCUGGAGAAACAAUCCCCAUAACUCUGAUUUGAAUUUUGACAUAAUUAUGCCCCUUUUUAACUUAGUAUUUUGGUUAAAGAUUUUGAUAAAGUCAAAUAUCUCUGUUACUAUCAAAGCUUUUGGCUUGAAAUUUAAAAUACUUACCAUUAAAGUCUACACCAGAAGAAACAAUACCCAUAACUCUUAUGCCCCUUUUUAACUUAGAAUUUUUUGUUAAAGGUCAAUAUCUUUGUUACUAUUAGAGCUUUUGACUUGAAACUCUAAAUAGUUAUUUACAAUCAAGGUCUACACCAGGAAACACAAUUCCCAUAACUCUGAUUAGAGUUCUGUCCCUUUUUAACUUGGAAUGUUUUUUUUACUGGCAAAGCUCUCAUUUAGAGUCAAGCACUGUCUUAUGGACAAAGUCGAGCGCGCUGUCUUACGGACAGCUUUUGUUUUUUAGAUAGUCUCUUGUAAUUCUAUAUAGAAUGGCCAUUUACUGAUGAUAUAUAUGAUUUUUAUUGUUUGUAUAUAUGUAUAAAAUGGAUGAGACUCAAAUAAAAUAAUAUAAAAAAGUAAACAUCAUACCCAGUUGU